CUUAAACAAGUUUAAAACCAUUUUUAUGAUGUAAGAAAUGCAAUGAGAGUUUUUAGCCUAAAGAGCCAAGGUGUAAAGAUUGGGUCGGUCUUGAUCACAAUAAAGACCGACUCAAUACUAUGAUUAAGGUCUUCGUUCUUGGUCUUCGUUUAGCUCUUGCUCUUAUCUUCGUUCUUCGCCUUGUAUAUUCAAUGUUCGACUUGAUCACGGCGGUUUGGCAUUAUCAAAACCUGUUACAAAAACGAACACAGCUUUAGAGUAUGUGCAGAUUUCAGCUCAUAUGGACUCACCUUUGUGAAUUGCUUGUCUCGGUUUCUUCGUCUUCACCGACAACUCGGGAGAAGGAAUUUUCAGUCUUCUCGACCUUCUCGUAUGCCAUGUCUAUUCGAUCUCAGGCGAUGUGUGGUUCUGCCGACAGAGAGGUUUUGGACGACACAACUUUGGGAGAGAUCAGAGUGACGAUGUUGUCGGAGAAAGUGACGUCAAACUCCCAUGGACAAGAUUCAUCGUAUUUUUUGGGAUGGGAAGAGUACGAGAAGAACCCCUACGAUGAGAUCAAAAAUCCCAAUGGAAUUAUCCAAAUGGGACUAGCAGAAAAUCAGCUCUCCUUUGAUCUUCUUGAAUCGUGGCUAGCUCAAAACGCAGAGCCCGCAGCGCUGAAGAAAGACGGGAUAUCCAUUUUCAAAGAACUUGCUCUCUUUCAAGAUUAUCAUGGCCUCCCAUCUUUCAAAAAUGCCUUGGUUCAAUUCAUGUCAGAAAUCCGAGGAAACAAAGUCACCUUUGAUUCAAACAAGCUCGUUCUCACCGCCGGAGCCACAUCCGCUAAUGAGACUCUCAUGUUUUGCCUCGCCGACCCCGGGGACGCAUUCCUCCUCCCUACUCCAUACUAUCCUGGUUUCGAUAGAGACUUGAAGUGGAGAACCGGAGCGAAAAUCGUGCCCAUACAGUGCUGGAGCUCAAAUGGAUUUAGGAUCACGGAGUCAGCGAUUGAGGAUGCGUAUGAUGAAGCGCGCAGGAAAAAUCUAAGAGUCAAAGGGGUUCUCGUGACUAACCCAUCAAAUCCUUUAGGAACAACUUUGACCCGACAAGAGCUAAAUCUCCUCAUCCGCUUCAUCGAUGCCAAGGGCAUCCAUCUCAUCAGUGAUGAGAUUUAUUCCGGCACUGUCUUCGACUCGCCAGGCUUCGUGAGUGUCAUGGAGGUUCUCACGGAGAGAAACUAUGUCAACAGUGAUGUUUGGGACCGCGUCCACAUUGUUUAUAGCCUAUCUAAGGAUCUCGGGCUCCCUGGUUUCCGGGUGGGAGCUAUUUACUCCAACGACGAAUUGGUCGUCUCCGCAGCGACGAAGAUGUCGAGCUUUGGCCUUGUUUCGUCUCAAACUCAAUACCUUUUGUCCGCUCUCCUCUCUGACAAGAAGUUCACAAAAAAAUAUGUCGCGAAAAACCAAAAGAGGCUUAAGAAGAGGCACGACAUGCUUGUGAAAGGUCUUCGUGACGCAGGAAUCAAAUGCCUGGAAAGCAAUGCCAGCCUGUUCUGUUGGGUUGACAUGAGGCAUCUUCUGAGCUCGAACACCUUACAAGCGGAAAUCGAGCUCUGGAAGAAAAUAGUGUACCAAGUAGGUCUCAACAUCUCGCCCGGUUCUUCGUGCCACUGCACUGAACCGGGCUGGUUUAGAAUUUGUUUUGCUAACAUGGCAGAAGACACUCUGAAACUCGCAAUGCGACGAGUCAAAAUGUUCAUUGACUCAACCGUUGCAGACAAUGCCUCGGACCAUAGCCCCAAACAUUACUUGAGCAAGAAUGCCAAAAGGAAAGGGUUUACGAAGUGGGUUUUCCGGCUUUCCUUCAAUGACCGUCAAAGAGAGCGAUAGCCAUGCCACGCCCCGGCCGGUGGUAAUUACAUUGCAUAAUAAGGCUAUCAAACACUU